CUAAAUUGUGUCCUCAUAUUUUUGUUUUUAUCUUUUGGACACUGGGGCUAAAUAUUGUGGUGAUAGAAACAGAAUUUGCUUCAAAUGUGAUAACCGUUAUCUUUACACUGAUAUUUGUGUUCUUUAAGUCCAGUUUACAUUGGUGAUACCUUUUAAUUCUUCGUCGAAAUUCAUCGGGUGCAAAUGCGUCUUUUUUCUACAUAAAUUUCAUUAACACAAACCACAAAACGGAUUAAUGAAGUUCUAUUUCUGAAUCGUGAUUAACUACAAAUCAUGUAUAUUGAAUACUCGACGUUUUACAAUAAGAGAAUUUUGGAAUAAUUAAAGGAAAGUAAUUGAAAAGAAAACAAAAGGCAAGUCAACUUAAUUUGAAUUAUAAUUGAAAGACGCAAUGUGCAGUUCACUCGCCGAAGGGACUACUUUUUACGGUCGCUACUUAGCGGUAUUAGAGCGCAGGUGGGAAAUAUCUGUUUAUAGACAGCUGCAAGGCUUUCGACGGUACGGACCGGACUCGUACAUCACCGCAUACUUCAAAGCUAGAAGCCAUUUGCGAAAAUUUAUAUUCCUUAAACAUAGACAUCCGUGUUUGGAAAGUGUGGGAAUAACUUGAUAAAUGGUACAAUUAAAGAGGUUUAAGUCUCUAUUUAGUAAGAUAUUGAUAAUCCGAAAGGGUUUCAACAAGGGGAGAUAAUGGGACGUGUUCCGUUUGUUUAAAAUAUGGAAUAUACGUUUUUUGGCCAUACAAAGCUGGAUUAAAUGAAAACUUUAAAACUGAACUGAUAGUUUGCAUCUCUGUGAAGUACAAGCACAUAUUUUAAACAAGAUAUUUAAUGAUUUUCAUAAAACGGGAUAUUUUAAAGAAGUUUUAAAUCGUGUUUAAAAAUGUCGGAGGCGGCAGUGGUUCAAUCUGACAAUAUACCUUAUAACUUGUCGACAUCAGCUAAGGCAGAAUUGAAGUACAAAAUCCACCAGCAUUUUCGCGAUGAAACAGCCUCGCCACACAUUCGAACAGCGUCUCCAUACCAACAGCAUGUGACAUCAUCACCUGCACGUGCAUCUCCUAGUUCUGUGGCUUACUCGCCACAUCCGGGUUCUCAACAACAUGGAAAUGACUCAGCAGAUAUGGAUUCGAACUCAAGCAAUGUCGAACCAAAUGUGUACGAAAAUGGAGCGAGUGGGGACCAUUCUGAAGGCAUGUAUGCGAGUGAUGGGACGGAAGUAGCGUACGCAAGGGAAGAUAACUCAGCUGCCUACCAAGAUGAAGACCAUGACAUUUCUCAGUCAGAGCAAGACAUGACAAAUACGGGCGCCAUGUCCUCAGAGGCAAACAUGGCGGCCAUGACCUUGACCCAUGAGGAAAAUCUGGACUCUCGUAUGAACGGCCUCCCGAAUGAGGAGGCAAUGGGAAUGAACCAGCAUCCUGUCGUCAAACCAGACGAACGUGGUGAAGUUUUGAACUAUUCCUCCGAUGGUAAUGUAUAUACCCAGCUAGGCGGGUCUGAACAUGACGGCAGGUCGGAGCAGCUUAUUACUAUCGAUCCAGGUUACCAGCAUGAACAUACAAACCACCACAACCAGCGAGGAACCAAUCACAGUGUGUUGAGUGCGGCUUUACGUAGCGGGUACACAGUCCAAAACAUGACCCACUUAACCCCAUCUAGUCAGAUGACGACUAUCACAAAUUAUGAUAACACAACUCAUCUCCUCCCUCAAGCCGAUGUGGAGGCUUUUUUCAGCGAUAUGGAACGGCCCAUGGCCACAACUGUGAGUCUAACAUCGGGGAUGUAUGCAACCGGAAAUGGUCAGUUCACCACCUUGACUAAUCCGCCCGGCCUUGCGCUCGCUCAUGCAUAUCACGCGUCUGAGGGUGGACGGCUCGUGACUCUUCAGCCGCCUUCUUACAGUGACAGCCAUGGGGACUAUGGGUUAACCCAGCUGUAUCCGUCUCGCCAGGGCGCCGUACCUUCCGCCUACCUUAGUAGUGAUGGCAAUGCUAGCUCAUCACCGACACCACAGGCGAAUGCCGCCUGGGGUGUCUCACAAGAUGCCCUCUACGCGGCAUCAAAUCCCGGUCAAUCCAUGGGAAAUCAGAAGUACGCCUACUCAGAAAGCGGAAGUGCCUCUCCGCAGGAUCACGAAUCACAGCUCCAGAGCGGCGCGUACGGGCGCAGUUCCGGUAUGGUGGCCCCGGGAUCAUACACCGGAUACUUGACCCAGGACUUGAACUCGGCGGCCGGCUGGUACCAAAAUGUAUCCAGCCCCUAUUCCGACGUCCGACCCACGGACAAAAUAAAUAUUUAUUCAGACGAAGACUACUAUGCCGAGGGCCGGGAAUGUGUCAACUGCGGGGCCAUCUCCACCCCUAUGUGGCGGAGGGACGGAACCGGCCACUACCUCUGUAACGCGUGCGGCCUUCAUCACAAAGUCAACACCAUCAAUCGAUACCAGGGUAAAUCGUCGCCUUCCACAGCGGAUGAUCCUCCAGAGGAGAAGAUACGAAAGUAUGACCAGAAAUAUGACCAGAAAUAUGACAAGUCGAACAGCAACAAGAGUCGCAUGGGUCUACAGUGUGCCAACUGUAACACGACGACGACCACGCUUUGGCGGCGGAACGGGGAAGGCGAGCCGGUGUGUAACGCCUGUGGCCUCUACUUCAAGCUCCAUCAGGUGAACCGCCCAAUGUCCAUGAAGAAAGAUGGCAUCCAAACGAGAAAACGAAAACCACGGACCUCCAGCGGUAAGAAGGGGUCGAAGGAUUCCAGUGCGCAUGCGCACUCAUCUCACUCCCAUAUGACGUCACAGUCUAUGAGCUCCGCCCACUCGCCAACAGGGUUACUCGAUUUGAGUCAGCGAAACGAAUCGCCUAUCAACGCAUCCAUGCAAGACAUGAAGACGCAGGUUUCAGCUUACCAGAACAUGUACCAGACCCAUGGCGGAAGUGCCGUCCUGGCAGCACUCAACAAUCCUCAGCCGCCCCCGCUACUUCCGGUUGGUGCCCUCGUGUCCCAGCUGAACGCUCCCGUCAGUAGCGGCUAUCGGCCACCAUCAUCACAGGAAAUGAUGUACGCUAAGGCAUAUUCACAGUCCAUGGACCGAGAUCAGCAUUCAGUUACUAAAAAUAACCCCAACUUAGCUAGUUUGAUGAACUUUAAUCCGCCUGUUUCCGCUUCUCUAUCGCCUAAGCCAAUGUGUUUGCCAGUGAAAACUGAACCGAUGCCUACGUCAUUGGAUUCUGACCAAUCAAAUUACACAGUUUACAAAAUGGAGAAUGCGAUGGCAUAUAACGGCGAACAACCAAUGACAUUCAAGCAGGAACCUAUCGACCAAUCAACGCUCAUGAAAUCAUCACAUGACCUGUUCGAACCAUCACCGCCAAAAGCAGUGCCCGUUUCUGUGGAUACCGACUUGGGAGCGAUGUCGCACAAUAACGCAGUCCAGGAUUCGAACGCGGAAAUGACGCCAUUAAAACCAGCAGCCGUUGGGCAAAGUUAACGAACUCUACUGAUAAUUUUGACCACUAUUUGUCGCCUAUCUCUGGGUAACAAAUGUUUCAGGGGGUCAAAAUUUAUGACGAAUGUUUGAAAUUGUGUAGCAAGGGAGAUACUUACAUUUCAAAUUGUGGUCUACGCAGUUAAAAUGCUAACACAGUAGAGAAAACAUUCAGAUACGGUUGUUGCUUUUAUCAUAAUUUGUGCAGCAAAUGCCUUUGAAAGUGAGGCUGGUGACAUCUUAGGGUACGGACUUAUACUACUUGUGUAUUUGAUGGGUCCAAAACUUUCAGAACAUUGACUCAUUGUCAUCAUGGGUAAAAUGCCUUUUUGCAAUCCUUUAUAGCAUAAUAUGUAUCAUUGCGUGUACAUUAUGUGAUAGUUAUCGGAAUGAAUAUUAUUUCUUUGUAUAUUAUGAUAAAAUUUGAAUUUUUAUACUUGGGACGAUUUCUCCAAAUCUGACGCGACCUCGUAGUGGUACGACUAUUCGGUGGUACGACUAUAUGGUGUUACGACUUAUCUUGUACCCAACAAGUUUAUGUAUUUGAAUAUACUCUAUCAGCAUUAACGUCAGCAUUGUGAAGUCACGUAAUAUGAUUAGGUCAAUCCUUAUGUUACAUAUCGAUACGUGUUUAUUGGUGUUCUUAAUUAUAUUUUGUCCAAUGGGAUGGCAGUUUUCUUUCAAAUUUGUCUUAUACAGAUAUUUUGGUAAACCAGCUGUCAUUAUUAAACAAAAGGCAUGACCAGAAAAAAAGAACGUACAUUUUGAACACUUAGCUGGUUAAUGUAAACUCAUACAAGUAUUUAUCAAGUUUAAGUGGUCGACGGGUUGCGCCGGGUCUGACAACGAUUAAUCAACAUUAACAAACAUUAACUUGUCAUAGUAUGAACGCCUUAAAACAAUGCUGUUUCUUUCCGAUUCCCGGCCUAAAAUAAGAAGAACGGACCCAAUUUUCUCGAAACUUCUUACGCUUAACAAGCUUAAGAAGCUUAUUUGAGUUUUUUACUAAUGAACAACGGUUAAUACUGAACAUCAUAAAGAUAAUUCUCAGAAGUUAAAAAAACUCUUAAAAAAUGAAACAUUACACAUUUUUUUCCAAAAUAAAACAGUUAGCUCAGUUUGAUCGUGUUAAGAGAAUUAAGAAAAUUCGUGAAAUUUGGGGCCGGGAUGUCGAUUUUCAGUGAAGGUGUUCCUAUGCCAUAGGCUAUGGUCAUUGAAAUUAUAUAAAAUAUAUAUUCUAAAAGGAGAAACAAAAUAGUCUUCAAAACAUAUCUGCUUGCAAUUAAAAUCUGGCACAAAAAGAAUAGAAACAAGCUCCUUUUGUUACUUCUUAGAAUGAAGUUAACCUACUUUGUUCAUGUUUUAAAAAUGAUAAUCCUUCAUUUAUACCAUUGUGACAAAAUUCAUAUUUCUUGCCACGAUUUGAAAUACUUCGAUUAAAUGUUGAGAAUGAUGAUUGACUCAUUGAUAUGUGUGUAUGAACGCGGUAUAUACUGAAAUGUUUGUACGAUUGUUUAGUAUGUUCUGUAUAUUUUACUAAUAUCAUGAUAUGUGCUAACGAGAAUGGCAUCAGCAUUUCAAUAAAAGUUGGUUGUAAUGUC